GGCUGUGUUGCCGUUGUUUGGAUGCAGAUGUGUCGGGGAGCGCAGACAGCAGCCGCGGCAGCGCCCCGGAUCAAGAAGUUUGCCAUCUACAGAUGGGAUCCCGAUAAGCCCGGGGACAAGCCCCGCAUGCAGACAUACGAAGUGGAUUUGAAUAAAUGUGGACCUAUGGUGCUCGAUGCUCUGAUCAAGAUCAAAAAUGAGUUGGACUCCACCCUGCCCUUCCGCGCCAUCUGGUGGUUUUACAUCGCAGAGCUGCUGGCUGGUUCUCGGGCAGCGUUUCUUGAAGACGGCCCGAGGGUGUGUUUGAGGCCAAGAGGAUUUUUCUCAAGUAGGAUAAGAGGGAAAAUAUCUGAUGCUUUCUUCUUCUCCUCUUCCUCAGGCAUCUGCGGUUCUUGUGCUAUGAAUAUCGCUGGUGGAAACACGCUGGCCUGUAUCAAAAGAAUUGACCCCGAUCUCAACAAGACCACUAAAAUCUACCCUCUCCCUCACAUGUACGUGGUGAAGGACCUUGUUCCAGACUUGAGUAACUUCUACGCACAGUACAAAUCCAUCGAGCCUUACCUGAAGAAGAAGGAUGAGUCAAAACAGGGCAAGGAGCAGUACCUGCAGUCCAUAGAAGACCGUCAGAAACUGGACGGACUCUACGAGUGCAUCCUGUGUGCCUGCUGCAGCACCAGCUGCCCCAGUUACUGGUGGAACGGGGACAAGUACCUGGGUCCUGCGGUACUGAUGCAGGCCUAUCGCUGGAUGAUCGACUCCAGGGAUGACUACACAGAGGAACGCCUGGCGCAGCUUCAGGACCCGUUUUCUCUCUACCGCUGUCACACCAUCAUGAAUUGCACAAGGACUUGCCCUAAGGGUUUGAACCCCGGCAAAGCGAUCGCCGAGAUCAAGAAGAUGAUGGCAACGUACAAAGAGAAGGCGGCGGCUGCGUAAUUGUGCUCCCAAACUGGACGUGCACCACACAAACAUGCUUUACCUGGAAAUAA